AUGGCAGAAAAAGAUGUUAACAAGUGUACACAGAACGGUAUGCCGGAGGACACACCCACAGCGUUCGCCGCUUUUCCAUAUCGUGUUGGGCUCACCAAAGAGGAAGUGGUUGGUUUCUACUCUAAAUGGGCCGUGAAUGGCAAAUAUGAAAAGGACUUGUGUCAUGCGAAUUUCAAGGGACCAGUCAUUGCUGCCAACGCCUUGACAGAUUAUUUCAGAGGAAGCAUAUCCCAGACGAAAGUAUUAGAUGUGGCCGCAGGAACCGGCCUUGUUGGCAAACAGCUUCAGGACCGAGGAUUUAAGCAUCUGGAUGCUCUAGAACCAGCGGCAGGGAUGUUGGAACAAGCCAGGAAGAAGAACAUCUACACCAACCUCUACUGUGAGUUCCUGGACGGCAACCGUCUCCCAAUAGAUGACGACUCGUACGACUGCUGUGUAAUAAGUGGUGGAAUGGGAGAAGGACAUAUUCCAUGCUGUGGGUUGCACGAGCUAAUUCGACUAACUAAACCAGGGGGUUUCGUAUGCAUCGUGAUGUUGGAAAAAUAUCUCACUCAGUGCAAGGAAUACAUGGAUGGACUUGAGCAGCUGAUGAAGGACCUGGAGGAUGCUGGGAAAUGGCAACGAUUGUCACGUGAUGUCGUACCAGAAUACUCACUUGGCAGGAGUGGUGUUACCUUUAAAUUUAGGAUAUGUAAAUAGAAGAAUAGUUUGUAUUUUUUCAAUAUCUAAGUUUGUAACUGUUCUGGAUAUCGGUGUAUAACUUCACUGGUAAAGUCUCGUCAGAUACGAGCCCCUUAGAGCACGUUUAUAUCCCAAGUUACUUCACAUAAUGAAACAAAGCAGAUAAAGUG